GAUAAAUAAAGGACUAUUGCAGUGAGGAAGGAACAUAACGUGGCAUUACGUAGAUAAUAGUAAAUGGUGCUGAGCUGUACUUAUUCUAUUUUUGAUAGUAGGUGAACUUAAAAAAAUGAUUCUUCAUUGGAAACUUAUGAUUGUCACAAAUGUUUUAGUUUUGUUCGGUGCACUCUUGGCAGACUCCCAAGAAUUCUCACCUGAUGUCCGUUCGUUAUGCCCUGGAGUCUGUGCGGUCCGGCGACCUCCUUGUAAUGCAGCAGGCUUGUGGUGGACAGUUUUAGCUAGCAAUUCCUCCAUUGGGCAAUGCGGGACAUUGAACAACCAGUAUCCUUGCAAAUGUUUGGGAUACAAGAUAACCACCAGGUCCUGUCCACCUUACAUUACAGAAUACAACAUGACAUCAUUUGGUUACAACACUCAGAGGUGUUGUUAUGACCAGCAGUUCCAAGAAUUAUAUCUUAUAGAUAAAUAUGAUGAUUGGUUGGUCGUCGCAGUGACUGAUAAGUAUACUGGAGAAACUUUGAUUGGGUCUGUCCUGGAUACAGAUGGUUUUAAAUCCUUUUUAAUUAUUUACGCAUGUAACGCAAGAACAGCUAAUGGAGAUCCAAUCGUAAACGUUAUUUCCAGAGACAUCAGAGGACUGACCCCGAAAACUAAAAGGAGAGUUGAAGCUGCCCUCAGAGCAAACAAUAUAUGCCCGGAAAAACUGAUAGAAGUUAACAGAAGGAAUUGUCCACGUUAUAGAACUCGCUUGAUACAGACUUUAAGCAGACAUCACCGUCACACUGCGCAUAUCUACCACAGCACUGUCUCUCGUCUUAUGUGCUUGGGAAAUGCCUCUCAACUGGAGUUCUUUGGAAUGCCCCUCCAGACCUUCAGAAGGCAAGCCCUCUUGCUUCCUUCAGAUCAAUUCCUUCUGUUUGAUAAAUUUACUUUCUAAGUCAUUAUGUUAUAUUAUUGCUUAUAGUGUUGUAUACGUUAUCAUGAGUGUACUGGUUGUUUUA